ACAGAUAGAGAGACAGAUAGAUAGAUAGAUAGAUAGAUAGACAGAUCAAUAGAUGGUGUCACUUUCCAUAUAAGGAGGAGGAUCUCCUUCAGGAGGAGGGUAUAUCUGAGCUGCAUAUCUGAGAAGGGGGUAGUGCAAUCACACCUGUGUGCCAUCUCCACAGCAAAGGGUAUCACCCUCAACUGGACGUUAAUCACAUAGUUUAUGUGGACAGCUGGACAGACUGAAAGCAGUUAGGCUUCGAUUUUUUUCUUUUACUUCAUCUUUUUUUGUUUGCAAAGAGGGCUGAUUGACAUGGGAGCCCUGCAAUCAAGACACCUGGAUGCAAGACAGCGCAAGAACCUGUCAGGACACACAACAGUCAUGCUGAGAGAGUUCUCCUCACACUUUCGCCGACAACUGUGUGCUGGUAUUCUGGAGCAGCAACAGAAUGAUGUGGGGCUGAAGGAGCCAGCAGGAACCCCAACACUCCUGCACCAGCAGGACUCAGUUACAGGCAGCAAGGUGAUACUAGAAGGAACUCUACAGCAGUAUCUAGAUGGCAAGUGGAGAAGACGCCACCUACAGGUCACCAAGAGUUUUGCAGUGGAGAGUCGUGACUCCAAAGAGGUUUUUGAGGGAGGCUGGGAGCGCAGGAGAGAUCUAAAUCUCUCCGGCUGCCAGAUUUGCACCACCAUACAGGAACAUCGCCUCCUAGUGGAUGAAACAUGUCGGCACAUCAAAGGAAGGCGCGGGGGAAAGAUGCCAUUUUGGGACUGUCCCACGGACUUCCCCGUGUUCAUUCAGCACCCCUACAGUGCCCCCUUGUGUCUGUGCGCCGAAUCGCGUGAGGCACAGCGACUGUGGGCCAGGCAUCUGCAGAGGGCGGUGCAGCACCAGAGCUCAAUUCUCCAGAGGAAAGAUACUGCUGAGUCACGAGCGUUUCUGGAGGCUGUACGUUUCUACAGGCAGGAGAAGGGCAGCUAUCAGCCUGGGGUCCUGCUGAUGGGCAGUGAGGAGGAGGUGUUGUCCAGUCUGAUCAUGGAGGAGAUUCUGCCCUGUCUGCACUUUCGGAUCUUCCCCAGACUGAUCCCAAAUCAGAGGAGACUCACCUGGAUCAAGCUGCAGGCAGAGGUGUACAGCCAGGUGUGUGCCCAGGUAAGAGCAGAGAUGAGGGCUCUGAUGGAGGAGGUGGCCCAGCAGCGCCCCCUUCUGGAGAAACUGGUGAGGUCAGACCUGCCCCAGAUCACCACUCAGCAGGACUGCAUUGCCCACAGAAUUACAGAGGACAUGUGCGAGGAGAUUUCCCAGUGCCUCUCCACCGCCGUCAUCCCCCUCCUGGGCCCCACCUUUCAGGAAGUGGCUGCACCCAUUUGCGAGGGAUUCGCGGCAGCCCGGCAGCUCUUCCUAGAGACCUGCGAUGACGUCAUUUCCAGAGGCUGCUCUGGCCAAUCGCUACAAGAGCUACUGAGCCCCCUCAGCGGCUUAGGCCUCGGUUCAGCCAGGGCCUCGCAGUACCUCGCCAUGCUGGAGUGGAGUGCAGGUGGGCGGGCAUGGCUACAGGCCAGCUGGGGGAUCCACAGCAGCCUGUGUAGGCCUCUUGUGUUCCAAGCCCAGAGCACGCUGCAACAGCUGUUGGACAGAGCUGCUCUGAUGUUCAGGCAUCUGCUCACACUGAAGCCCUGCCUCUCUGUGGACCCCUCCCAGGUUACUGCCAUCCUGCACAGGGUUCGAGACCGCGUGCUGAAGCAGCUGGAUCAGGACCUGAGGAGUGUUCGUGCCCAGCUGGUCCUAGAGUCUCUGCUCCAGCUGUCUCUCCCUGCUCUAAUAGAGAGGCUUGGCCAUUUGGAUUCCUCUCACUACCAGCCGCUGGUGCAGCCACACUACACCCCCUUCCUCCACCCGGACAUCAUCUACCACCAAGUGCUGAGGGCCAGCCUGACCAGAGAAAUACAAGCAGUGAUGAGAGACACUCUGCCCCAGCAGUGCGUCCCCCUGUCAACCGGGAGACGGUCUGCAUCCUCCGAAAACACCUACGAGGAGUGGUCUCCCCCUGGUGGUCACUCACGGUCCUGUAGCCAGCUGUCUGACUCCCACACCCUCACCCCUGGCGCCAGAUCCUACGAGAACUUCGAAGGCCUCAUGAGCGAGUUGGAGCCUCAGCAGAGCGGGGGCGGUUGGGACGCAGGGAGGGACGAGAGGGGCGCAAAGGGGGCGACCACACUGGAGGGUGGAGAGUAUAUCUGCCUCAUGGGAGCUGACGGAGGGGAGCAAUGGAUACGGGCCUCUGCUUUCAAACACACACCUCUCCCGGCCAAACGCACUUUCCCGGUCAACGAUUGUGGUUUCGGCUGCUAGCAUUUUAACAGCUGCAUAGCUGAAAGUAAACUCAACUUAAACAUUAAGUUUUUUUUUUUUUAAGAAGGAACACAGCCAUACAUUGAAAAGAUGCGCUGGAAACACCACUGAUUCUCAAGGCAGUUGCUUCCUGUGUGAUUUGACAGGAAACCCUGGCCUGUUUGUAGCAUUAGAUGAAAGGUAUUCAUCCACUCAUUAGCAGGAGAACCCAGGUCCUGCAGGAUUAUAAUCCAGCAGGGGUUUUUUUUUCCCACCCAAAGCAUUUAAACAUCAAAUUCAACAAAUCACCUCUUCAACUGAACCAGUUUAACCACUUCAUCCAGUUCCAGAAACAUCACCGGCUAAAACUGAUGGAGAUGGAG